GCAGCUGACGUAACGCCAUCGUGCGGGCCCUAGACGGAAGAAAAAGAGGCGACGGCGGGCGCCAGAACCAGCCAGAGUGGUGUGCUGGCAGGCUGCGGGCCAGGGACGGCGGUGCGGAGCAGGUCCUGAAGGAAAUAAUAAAAAGAAAAGAUACUUGGAUUUGUGACCACGUCUCAGCAUGUUGAGUCAAGUUUACCGCUCCGGGUUCCAGCCCUUCAGUCAAUAUCUUCUGCCCUGGGUCCAGUCCACAUCUGUCUCCAGAUCUCAUCGUGUCCAGUCUCCAGCCAUCAGACAUGUUCGUUCUUGGAGCAACAUUCCCUUUAUCACAGUACCCCUCAGUCGUACCCAUGGAAAGUCCUUUGCCCACCGCAGUGAGCUGAAGCAUGCUAAGAGAAUUGUGGUGAAACUGGGCAGUGCCGUGGUAACCCGAGGAGAUGAGUGUGGCCUGGCUCUGGGGCGCCUGGCAUCUAUUGUUGAGCAGGUAUCAGUGUUGCAGAAUCAGGGCCGAGAGAUGAUUCUGGUGACCAGUGGAGCUGUUGCCUUUGGCAAGCAGCGCCUGCGCCAUGAGAUCCUUCUGUCUCAGAGUGUGCGGCAGGCUCUGCACUCAGGGCAGAACCAGCUGAAAGAGAUGGCAAUUCCAGUCUUAGAGGCCCGAGCCUGUGCAGCUGCUGGACAGAGUGGGCUGAUGGCCUUGUAUGAGGCCAUGUUUACCCAGUACAGUAUCUGUGCCGCCCAGAUUUUGGUGACCAACUUGGAUUUCCAUGAUGAGCAGAAGCGCCGGAACCUCAAUGGGACACUUCAUGAGCUCCUGCGAAUGAACAUUGUCCCCAUUGUUAACACAAAUGAUGCUGUUGUCCCUCCAGCCGAGCCCAACAGUGAUCUCCAGGGGGUAAAUGUUAUUAGUGUUAAAGAUAAUGAUAGCCUGGCUGCCCGUCUGGCUGUAGAAAUGAAAACUGACCUCUUGAUUGUCCUUUCAGAUGUAGAAGGCCUCUUUGACAGCCCCCCAGGGUCAGAUGAUGCAAAGCUCAUUGAUAUAUUUUAUCCCGGAGAUCAACAGUCUGUGACAUUUGGAACCAAGUCUAGAGUGGGAAUGGGUGGCAUGGAAGCCAAGGUGAAAGCAGCCCUCUGGGCUUUGCAAGGUGGCACUUCUGUAGUUAUUGCCAAUGGAACCCACCCAAAGGUGUCUGGACACGUCAUCACAGACAUUGUGGAGGGAAAGAAAGUUGGCACCUUCUUUUCAGAAGUAAAGCCUGCUGGCCCUACUGUUGAGCAGCAAGGAGAAAUGGCCCGGUCUGGAGGAAGGAUGUUGGCCACAUUAGAACCUGAGCAAAGAGCAGAAAUUAUCCAUCAUCUGGCAGAUCUGUUGACGGACCAGCGGGAUGAGAUCCUGUUAGCCAAUAAAAAAGACUUGGAGGAGGCACAGGGGAGACUUGCAACCCCCCUGCUGAAGCGUCUGAGUCUCUCCACAUCUAAGCUAAACAGCUUGGCCAUUGGGCUGCGUCAGAUCGCAGCUUCCUCCCAGGACAGUGUGGGACGUGUUUUGCGCCGAACACGAAUUGCCAAAAACCUGGAAUUAGAGCAAGUGACUGUCCCAAUUGGUGUUCUACUGGUGAUCUUUGAAUCUCGCCCUGACUGUCUACCCCAGGUGGCAGCCUUGGCUAUUGCAAGUGGUAAUGGCUUGUUACUCAAAGGAGGGAAGGAGGCUGCACACAGCAACCGAAUUCUUCACCUCCUGACUCAGGAAGCCCUCUCCAUCCAUGGAGUCAAGGAGGCCGUCCAGCUGGUGAAUACCAGAGAAGAAGUUGAAGAUCUUUGCCGCCUAGACCAAAUGAUAGAUCUGAUCAUUCCACGUGGCUCUUCACAGCUGGUCAGAGACAUCCAGAAAGCUGCUAAGGGAAUCCCAGUAAUGGGGCACAGUGAAGGGAUCUGCCACAUGUUUGUGGAUUCAGAGGCCAGUGUUGACAAGGUCACCAGACUUGUCAGAGACUCUAAAUGUGAAUAUCCAGCCGCCUGUAAUGCUUUGGAGACUUUGUUAAUCCACCGGGAUCUUCUGAGAACACCGUUGUUUGACCAGAUCAUUGAUAUGCUGAGAGUGGAGCAGGUGAAAAUUCAUGCAGGCCCCAAAUUUGCCUCCUAUCUGACCUUCAGUCCCUCAGAAGUGAAGUCACUUCGAACUGAGUAUGGGGACCUGGAAUUGUGCAUUGAAGUGGUAGACAGUGUCCAGGAAGCCAUCGACCACAUCCACAAGUAUGGCAGCUCCCACACAGAUGUCAUCGUCACAGAGAAUGAGAAAACAGCGGAGUUCUUCCUUCAGCAUGUAGACAGUGCCUGUGUGUUCUGGAAUGCCAGCACUCGUUUCUCUGAUGGCUACCGCUUUGGACUAGGAGCUGAAGUGGGAAUCAGCACAUCACGAAUCCAUGCACGGGGACCAGUAGGACUCGAGGGACUGCUUACUACUAAGUGGCUGCUUCGAGGGCAAGACCAUGUGGUCUCAGACUUCUCAGAGCAUGGCAGCUUAAAGUAUCUUCAUGAGAACCUCCCCAUUCCCCAGAGAAACACCAGUUGAGAGAAGCCAGGAAGGAAACCAGCCAUAUUUCAGGAAGCCAGAUCUUGUCCCCAACCUCCUGGUGGGCUCUGCCUAUUGGGAAGUGCACCUAGGUGCUUCUAGUUCAAUUUGGCACUGUCAGUGCUCAUACUCCAUUCCAGUCUUUUAAUAAGAAAAUAACUGCUACAGAGGGGUACUUCACUUUGCCCAGUCCAGUUCCCUCUAAUGUAAGAAACAAAGGUACACUUUCCUCUGGGAAAAUUUUGGCUGCUUUUUAUCACCUCAGUGAGGUCAAGUGUCUUGGCAUGUGGUCUGUACUAGUGCUGUCAUCCCUCAUAAGUCUUUCCAUGUCUCAUUUCAUUUCUUCCAUACAUGGUCAUCUUCACAAAGGGAAAUGUGGAAUUCUAGAAAAGGAGCAGCUCUUCUCUUUAGCAUUCUCAUCAGAAACAGUGACAGAAAUGGGCUGAGUUAUUUCUGCUGGGAAGAUUGGCCUUUGUGCAGUGGGUAAACAAGUGUCCCAGACACCUGCAGGCUGUCCUGGGCCAGGAGACACACAGGGCCCAUGAUGCAGUUGGAAACUGAGCUGCAGAGUAUCUACAAGUUUUAGGGUGUUCCUGUCAACCAAGAGUAAUAUCUACAGCAAUUAUGCUUGGCAUUUUUAUAUGAAUUAUUUUGUCAUCCUAUCCUUUUCUUCAAGAACAAAGGCUAGAGGAUUAUUUUAAUACUUUGGAUUC